UCACAACACAACACAACACAACAGACUCCAACCUUGUACCCUUUUUCUUCUCAAAUCUCACCACACCCAGUUCCAGACCAACCAUUCAAUCUAAUCUCUCUCUCUCUCUCUCUCUCUCUCUCAAUUUUCAUUUCCAUUUCCAUCCAUGGGACAGGUGUUGAACAAGAUUCAAGGUAAGGAUUGGAGGGAAAAGCAAAUAAGGAAGAUAACUGAUAAGGUUUAUGAUAGACUUAUAAAUCAAUCGGAAAGGGUUUCGGCUACUCUCACCUUUGAAGACCUCUACAUUGGAGUUCUUUUUGUCUUCAAUGACCUCAACAAGCGUUUGCCUGGCCCCCAUUUUGAUCCACCCUCCAGGGAUGAGGUUCGAGCUAUUAUUCAGGAGUGUGAUAUUAAUCUCGAUGGAGAAAUUAACAGGGAAGAAUUUGUAAAAUUCAUUGAGCGGAUCACAGCAAACACAUUCAUCACUGUGAGUCAAGGGCUGAUCCUGACUCUGGUUGUGGCACCCACAGUGGCAGUGGCCACAAAGAGGGCCACAGAAGGAGUCCCCGGCGUUGGAAAGGUGGUUCAGAAGAUACCCAAUUCCAUUUACGCCUCUCUAAUCACUCUGGCCAUAGUCUUGUUCCAGAAAUCGCAGCUGGACGCAGACUAUUAGAACAACUUUGUUACAUUAUAUUCUCUAGUGGAGUAGAAAAGAAAAGAAAGCCUUCUAUUUGUUUGUUUUGUUUUUGUGUUGAUAAUAAUGGUUGGAAUAAUGAAACACAACUUGUAACUUCUGAAGUUGAUAGCAUAGCAUCAUAUGUUUGAAAUAAAGUUGUUUACUUUGAACUUUA